AUGUCUACCAUCAAGGAGAUGAAGGAGCUCUUGGAAAUUGGGACGCAGAUGGGACUCAAGGAUGCAGAACUUCAACAGUUUGUGAAUAAUGAACAAGCAAGACUCCGAGAUGAACGUGAAAAAGAUCGUGCAGAACGCAUGGCUAAACAAGAACGUGACUUUCAACUAGAAUUGGAGAUCAAGAGAGAGCAAAACGCUGAGGCUGAACAUAAAAGAAAAAUAGAAGAGAUGGAAAUAGAUCACAAAUUUCAAGUGUUGGCAGCAGAAAGAUCACAGAAAGUUCUUGAGUCUACAGCCCUGCAUCACCCUGAAACCCAACAACCUGUUAGAGGACCAAAACUACCAGCAUUUGAUGAGGCAAAAGACAACAUCGACGCAUAUAUACAACGCUUUGAAAGAUACGCUAUCUCACAGAAAUGGCAAAGAACAAACUGGGGAGCUCACUUGAGUGCACUUCUAAAAGGAAAAGCGUUGGACGUGUUCGCUAGAUUACCACCAGAUAGUGCAUUGGACUUUGAUGAACUUAAAAAAGCACUGAUGAAACGUUUCGACAUGACUGAGGAUGGAUUCAGAAAGAAAUUCAGAUCUUCAAAACCCGAUGGGAGUGAAACCUUUCUUCAGUUUUCAACAAGAAUCGAAAGUUAUCUGGAGAGGUGGAUGGAAUUAGCGAAAACAAAUAAGACGUAUGAAGGAUUCAAAGACUUGAUGUUGCGGGAACAAUUUAUUUUGUGUUGUAACAAAGAACUUUCCUUAUUCUUGAAAGAACGAAUUCCUCCUUCUAUUCAGGAUAUGGCCAGAUAUGCUGAUCAGUUUGUUGAGGCAAGAGCAACUAGUUCAUCAGCUGUUACCCAGAGACCUAUCUUCGAAAAGAAAGUUUCCAUAGGAAAGCAAUUCUCCUUUCCAAGCACUAGUGACAGUAGCAAACCCAGUGGUGGAGUCAAGUGUUUUAAUUGUGACAAAUACGGACACAAGCAGUUUGAUUGCCCCUUAAGGAAAUCUUCCGCAACCAAGACAGCAAACACUCUGGAAAAAUCUGACAGACCACAAAAACCAUCCCGCUAUAGUGAGCAACAACAGAGCUUCAACAGAUCUGGACGUCGCUUUUCACAGGGGAAAGAACAUGAUUCUUCUUUUGUUGGUGCCCAUAAACCAUGGCUACAAAGUGACAUUAGUGACAUUGAUUCCGUUUCUAAUGGUGUGAUGCCAGUGGUGAAAGGAUGUGUUGGAGACAGACUUGUGACAGUGUUAAGAGAUACCGGAUGUCGUGGUGCGGUGAUUCGGAAAAGCUUGGUUACUUCAAACCAAAUGACUGGAAAAACUCACAAAUGCAUGCUGGCUGACGGAAGUAUAAUAGAUGCAGAUGUUGCGAUAGUUGAAGUUGACACACCAUAUUUUACUGGAACAAUUGAAGUAUCGUGCUUUGAAACACCAAUGUUUGAUCUGAUUCUUGGAAAUUUUGAUGGCGUUCGGAAACCAGACAACCCGGAUAUUCACUGGAUGAAAUCAACUAAACCUUCAUUUGCUGUUGAGACACUCAGCCAACUAAAGAAAAAGCAGUUACCUUAUAAACCAUUGAGGGUUCCUGAAACUCUACAAGAUGUAUCACGGGAUGAGAUGUUAAGUGAACAGAUGAGGGAUGAUUCAUUAAGCAAGAGUUGGGACUUUGCUAAACAAGAGACAGUAAAGGAGCUUGGUGAUGGAGGUUCAACUCGGAUGUAUAUACGGAAGCAAUUACUCUACAGAGAAUUCAGUAGUCCAAAAGUGUCAAAUGGAAAGACUUAUCGACAGCUUAUGGUUCCGAAAAAGUACAGAUCACUGGUUAUGAAGAUGGCUCAUGAAUGUCUUAUGGCAGGCCACUUGGGUGUUAAGAAGACCACAGACAGAAUACUAGCAGAAUUCUUUUGGCCAGGAGUACAAGCAGACGUCAGGCGAUUUUGUCGUUCAUGUGACGUGUGCCAACGAACAAUACCUAAGGGAAAAGUACCUGCAGUUCCUCUUGGACAAAUGCCCAUGAUAUCAGAACCAUUUCAACGCAUUGCUGUGGAUAUUGUUGGUCCACUCCAGCCAAUCACAGACAGAGGAAAUAGAUAUAUCCUCACUAUUAUAGACUAUGCGACCAGGUAUCCAGAAGCUGUGGCACUGCAAGGAAUUGAAACUGAACGAGUUGCAGAAGCGCUUGUAGACGUUUUCAGUAGAGUUGGUAUUCCAUCUGAAAUGCUUACAGACCAGGGUUCACAGUUUACAUCUGAAGUUAUGAAAGAAGUUAGCCGAUUGCUGUCACUCAAACGCCUAACUACAACGCCGUAUCAUCCGAUGUGCAACGGCCUUGUUGAAAAAUUCAACGGCACGUUGAAGCAGAUGCUCAAGCGCAUGUGUGCUGAACGCCCUAAAGACUGGGACAAGUACCUCAACGCACUACUCUUUGCUUAUCGUGAGAUACCUCAAGAGAGCCUUGGAUUUUCACCCUUUGAGCUUCUAUAUGGUCGAUCAGUGCGUGGCCCAAUGAUGAUACUGAAGGAACUAUGGACCAAGGACAUACCAGACAAAGAGGUGAAGACUACAUACCAAUAUAUUCUAGAUUUAAAGGAAAAACUUGAAGAGACUUGCAAGAUUGCUCAUCAACAAUUGGAAAAAGCAAGGAAGCACCAGAGAAAACAUUAUAACAAGAGAACAAUUGAUCGAAGGAUGAAAGUUGGUGACUUAGUACUUGUUCUUCUUCCUACAAAGUCAAAUAAACUUCUGAUGCAAUGGCGAGGACCUUACAAAGUUGUACAGAAAGUUGGCGAUAUGGAUUACAAAGUUGAGAUGCAUGGUAAACUAAAGACACUUCACGCCAAUUUGUUGAAAAAGUACAUUCCUCGUGAGGAAAUACGCUGUGGGGUUCUAACAACUUGCGCCAUAUCACUAAUUGACUUCAGCGAAGAGGGAACACCGGAUGAGCAGAAUUUAAUGAUGCUACCAACAGAUACUCAGACAGAAACAGUGUCAGAUGUACGUUUCAAUGAAGGACUGGAUGCGAAUAAGCUAGAAUCGGUGAAAUGUUUGUGUGAGUCGUAUGCUGAUGUUCUCACUGACGUUCCAGGAAUGACUACACUAGUGAAACAUAAGAUUGAACUGACAUCAUCAGAUCCUAUACGGGUGAAGCAGUAUCCUAUUCCUUUCAAUACCGAGAGUGUCAUAAAGGAAGAAGUGGAGAAGAUGUUACAGUUGAAUGUAAUAGAACCAUCUGUUUCACCAUAUUCAUCACCGGUAGUCAUAGCCAGGAAAAAGGACGGAACAAACAGAUUCUGCAUAGACUUUCGAAGACUAAACUCUGUUACUGUUUUCGACGCUGAGCCUAUGCCGAACACAGAAAGUAUAUUUUCAAAGAUGGCAGGGAAGAAGUACGUCUCAAAAUUGGAUUUGAGUAAAGGAUACUGGCAAGUUCCUAUGGAAGAUGAAAGUAAAGCUCUCACAGCCUUCUCAACACCGUCUGGUUUGUAUCAAUUUCGUACUAUGCCAUUCGGGUUAGUUAAUGCCCCGGCGACGUUUAGCCGACUCAUGAGGAAACUUUUACAGGGCAUGGUCGGUGUUGAUAACUUCAUAGACGAUAUAAUCGUAUACACAGAUACGUGGGAAGAACAUCUAAUGACAUUGAGAGAGUUAUUUACCAGACUUAGGAAAGCAGGACUUACAGCACGACCGUCUAAGUGUUUCAUAGGAUAUGAUCAGAUCGACUGCUUAGGACACGUAGUAGGUGACCAGAGACUGAAACCAGAGUCAAACAAGAUAGAGGCUAUUCGAAGUGCACCAGUACCCAUGACAAAGAAGCAGGUUAGAUCGUUCUUGGGAUUGGCAGGAUUCUACAGAAAAUUCAUACCGAACUUUUCAGCCAUUGCCGCUCCAUUAUCAGAUUUAACAAAGAAAGGUCAGCCUAACAAAGUAGUUUGGACAGAUAAUCAACAACGUGCAUUCGAUACGCUGAAACAGAUGUUGUGCUCAGAGCCAAUUCUGAAGCUUCCAGACUUCAGUGAAGUAUUCAUUUUACGAACAGAUGCUGCUGAUGACGGGUUAGGAGCAGUUCUUUUGCAGGAGGAACAUGGAGAAAAGCUUCCAGUGGCUUACGCAAGCAGAAAAUUGCAGCCCAGAGAGAAGUCAUACGCUGUUGUAGAGAAGGAAUGCUUAGCAGUAGUAUGGGGAAUUCAGAAGUUCCAUCAAUAUCUAUAUGGACGUGAGUUUGUAUUGGAAACCGACCAUCAGCCAUUAACAUACCUUAACAAGUCCAAAACAGAGAAUUCGAGGUUAAUGCGCUGGGCUCUACAAUUACAACCUUAUCGGUUCCGGAUAGAAGCUAUAAAGGGAAGCCAAAACGUAGGUGCCGAUUACCUUAGUCGCCAAUAA